UCGACAUUUCCUGUCUGCGAAGUGGUGCAGUUUAUCUUUAAGGAGGCUAGAGAAAUAAGAAAUGAGUCUCACGUUGCACGGGUGACAUCACUGGCUUUUGGCUCCGUGCUCUGUAUUCUCUGUCUGUAGGCUUUAGCCAAGGCUGCAGGGCUGAGUGUUUGAACAAGGCAAGAUUCCCAGGUGUACGGAAGAUUGGAUUCACUCUUAUUUGGGUUAAAAAACGGUGAAAUGAGAUUUCUAAAGCUCACGGACUCCAGCUCGCCUUCUGUUGCUUUUGAUUUCUACAAGAUGGGUGAGUUAUUCCCAGCAGAGAGAAAGGGAGUGGAAAUUUAAGGAGCAAAAAAAAAAUAAAAUAUGUCUGCAUAUAUAUCUGCUGAUGCCGGGGAUACGGCUCACAUGAAGCUGCUGAGCUAAAACCCUCAGCCCCUACGUGGAGAGCAGGCCAUAUGGCAGAGAAAUGGUGCAGACCGAAAAGCUGUUGACAACUGUUAGGGGCUGCUUUCCCCUCCCCGUGUAAGAUGGUUAACGUGCCCCUGUGUUAGGAAAACUGUGCACAACAAACCGAGGCGGCGGUGACGAAGGAAGAAGCCGUUCAGAUACCGGCGGAAGGGGGUGGAAGAAGGAUGCUGGGGCCUGAGGACCGCUGCCAGAGCUGCCUAGCGGGAGGUGCGCGCUCCCUGCUCUGUGGCAGCGCAUCCAGAGGCCCCCGCGGCUCCCUUGGUGCCUCUCGCCCUGUCUGGGUGCAGACAGCCACCGUGCUCGCUGCCACGGCAGGGAUUUGGGGUGCUUGGGCUACGGCUGGCCAGGGAAGGGCUCGUUGCAUGAGGCUGCCCUGAUGCCAGCGCAGACAACGGGACCGGCCAAGUGAACGGCGAGGCUGGCGGAGAGGAGCUGAGGUGCCUUGGAGAGGAUCUGAGGUGCCUCAGAGAGGAGCUGAGGUGUCUCGGAGAGGAGCUGAGGUGUCUCAGGAAGCCAGGAUGCUGGCUGAAGUCUGCUAAGGGAGAAACCUGUGCAUGCCUGCAUUCCCAGCCACAGCCGGGGAGCUUGCGUUUCAGCCGCGAUUUAAAGCAGCAGCAGCAGCAGCAACAACAGAUUGCUCGCCCUCCUGCUCCCUCCCUUUCGACCCCGCUUUCAACCCAAGCCAGCGAGCGACCGUCCGGAUGCUGCUCUUGCUGGGCUGCUGACAAAGACGAGGCAAGGCACCCCUCCUGAACCCAGGCCGGCCGCCCGCCUGCCUCAACGGGGGACACUGCUGCCUGGCGAACUUUUCUGUCCUGCGAUGCUGGGCUGAAGCCUCGGGUCUGCAAGCCAUCCCUCCCGCAUCUCCCAGCUGGUCAGACUGAAAGAGAUUAAUGGACUGAUCAAACAGCCGUAGCUUUCGAGCCUCGUCGGAGGAGGGGGUUGCUCCUUCAGCCCCCACAGCUCGGGUGCUCGUGGCGAGGCCAAGAGGACGCCUUUGUAUAGGCUCGCUGGAGGUGGGAGGCUGUGUUUCCCCUCGCCAGGUCUCCUCCGCAGGGGAGCAGAGGCAGAUGAGCCCCCAGGACUGCCCCCAGGGCAGAACUUUGUAGCGCUCCGGGCGUCCCCCCCCGAGCGUGGAUGUGAGCCGCACGAGCUGGGGAUGUCUGAGGCAGCCUCUGCCGAGUGACACCCAGCAGCUGCUCCGCAGGAUUCGGCGUGGCCUCACGCUCAAGGGCUUUGCCUGUUGUGAAGAUGCCCAUGGUGUUUCUGUGAAGCUGAGGCAUGGCUGCUGGAAGGUUGCUGCUGUAUGCUGGCCUCUCUUUAGCUCUGUGUGCCCUGGGCAUGCUGGCUGUGGCCAUCUGCUCUGACCAUUGGUACGAAACUGACGCCAGGAAGCACAGGGAGAGGUGCAAGAGCAUCACCACUAAGAGAAAUGACCCUGGCUUCAUAUAUAACUCCAACAACAACCUGCCUCUCAGGGCCAGCAGGUCGAGGUUGGACCGCUGGGAAGGGAAACUCCUCUUGGCAAGGAACAGGAGGCAGAUCUUUGCCAUGAGCGCAGUCGACGAGUGCAACAGACAGUACAACUCCACCAACAUGGGGCUCUGGAGGAAAUGCCACCGGCAAGGGUUCGACCAAGAGCUGGAGGAGCUGAUUGCCAAAGGAGCAAUUGAGCGGUGCACGUACAUCAAGUACCACUACUCCUCAGCGACCAUUCCCAAGAACCUCACCUACAACAUCACCAAGACAAUCCGCCAGGAUGAGUGGCAUGCCUUGCAUCUGCGCAGGAUGACAGCUGGCUUCAUGGGCAUGGCCGUGGCCAUCAUCCUGUUUGGAUGGAUUAUCGGGGUGCUGGGGUGCUGCUGGGACCGAGGCCUUAUGCAGUAUGUGGCGGGGCUUCUCUUCCUCAUGGGAGGAACCUUCUGCAUCAUUUCACUGUGCACGUGCGUGGCUGGAAUCAACUUUGAGCUCUCCCGUUACCCCCGCUACCUGUACGGACUGCCCGACGACAUCAGCCACGGCUAUGGCUGGUCCAUGUUCUGUGCGUGGGGGGGCCUGGGCCUCACUCUUAUCUCUGGCUUCUUCUGCACCCUGGCCCCUUCCGUCCAACCUGUCCCCAGGACCAACUGCCCCAAAUCUAGACCUGAGAAUGGGACAGUGUGCUAAAACAAAUAGCAAACAAAUACACACACACACACACACAGGUAUAUAUAUAUAUAUGUCCAUGUAUACCGAUACAUGCGUAUAUAUGUAUAUAUAAUUAUAUAUAUAUAUAUAAUCUCAAAUUAACGCCAGUGCCAAGGUAGAGCUGAGUCCAACACGGCACUCACAUCUCCACCGGACUCUGUGUUGCUUCGUUCUUUCUCACAGAGGUGGGAAAGCUUUUCUCUCACGUGGCUCUUCCAUCCAACUCCUAACUUCAGCACCAUACCUUAGAGGCCGAACGAACUUACUGUCGCACCUACCAGCUGCCACCCGGGAAGGGGGAGAGGGGGUCCGUGGGGGGAUCUGGAAGCAGAUUCUGCACGGGACAUGGAGGGUGGGGGGGACAGAAGGCCUGUGCAUUGCAGCCAGAAAGGAAAACGCAAACAGAAAGCAAAGAAACAAAUCAAGCAUUUGAGCCACCUCAACGAUGUACCUCCUCAAGGCCAUUGUCAGAAACCCACCCACUUUCUUUUUCUUUCUGAAAACAAAAUGACAGAAGCCUACCCUGUUGGUUUUCUUUCUUUUUUCUUUUUUAUUUCUUUUUUUUUCCUUUUCUUGUUUUGGGGAUCUCUUUUUUUUUUUUUUUCUUCACUUACAACACAGAAAACAAAAUGGACAGAAGAUGUGGGGAAAAGCAAAAAAAGCGUUUUCUCUUUCCUGCCAAACUUUAGAAAGAAGCAAGCAGAUGAAAAUAAUAAUAAUAAUAAUUUUAAAACAGGAUAUUAUGAAAUAAAAACAGAAAACAAACAACAACAACAACAACAAACAUGAGGACAUCUCAGCGGACUCUCCAACAACACGGUUUUAAUCUUCCAGCUGCCUUACAUCCAGGCUUACAACUGAGGCUGAACUGCUAAUGCAAACGCAGUCGAAGGCCUUCUGAAAAUGCUGUGAUACAUGUGUGUAUAACUUUUUCUUCCCUCUUCUUCUUUUAUUUAUUUAUUUUUAAGAAAAAAAAAAUUUAAAACAUUGCAGUGUGAUUGUCCACUACACCAUCCAUGCUGUGUUUGUGGCCCAAGACUGAGGCAACCGCAGAAGCGCGAGGAAAGCCGUCAGGUCUGAGGCAGCGUGGCUCCUCCGGAGGAUUUCUGGAUGGUUUUGGCUUUUCACGGAGCAUCUGAGAGUUCAGGAUGGCGGAUGCAAGGGAAGACUGACCAGGGAGAAGGGAGGUGGGGGGAGCUGUGGCAAGUGUUCCUCCCAGUUAUCUACUGGAUUGGGAUUUUGUUGAGUUUCCGUUUUGGAUGUUUGAGCAAACUGGGCAAAAGCCAUUGCCGAGGAGAAAAGGGGAGCUAAUGUCUGUAAGGGAGAAGUAAGAGACGCCUCUUGCUGUGUUCAUGUAUGCCAAAUGAGACGUUCCCACAUCUUGUCUUUGCUAAACCACCCCAGUUCACUGGACAUCUCCGCUCUCCAUCUGGGGGAACUGUGUACAGAUGAAAGGAAAGGGUCAGAUGCAGAGAACGGAGAUCCAUUUCCCAUGAGCUCAAGCUUCGUAUGAUAUAAUUGUGAAUCCGCAAAUGGGACUCUCUCUCUCUCUAUCUCUUUUGGUCUUUCUCUUUUUCCCUAUGCUCCUAUUCCCAUUGCCUCCUUUUCCCUUUGCUCUGCUCUUCCCAUCCCUCAGGCCACAGAUCCCAGAAGAGCUAACUGAACGGAUAAAGGCGAUGAGAGCCUUUGGGGGAAGCAAAGCAUCUUGGCUGCAAGGGCAGCAGCUCUGUGCAGGGGAGCUGUGGCUGAGGGGAAGGUGGUGUAGGGCCAGAGGGAGCUGGGAGAGGUGACUACGGGGUGGCCGUGUGCAGGAGCAGUGGCACCACCGACAAAUGCAAAGGGAGGCAGGGCAAAGCAAAAAAAUCCCCCUCCCAACCAACCCGACCCAACAUGCUCUUAAUUCAGGGAUAGUUCCAGCAAUCCUUUCUUACCCAUGAUAACUGCAUGCCAUCAGUCCUCGUUAGUCAAUAAAAAGCAGCCCCUGAAUCUACAAAAACUCACCGGGAGAAGGAGGCAACCAGUUGAAACUGUGCCUGCUGCACAGAAAUAAAGGCAUUAAUCUCCAGAUCAUGCUAUUUACACAGCUGGCAAGAAACAGCAUUUUGCCUUGUUAAAAAAAAUAAAAUAAAAUCCAACCAACAACUGAUUGUCAUGCAGCCCAGUCGCAUAGCCAGCCAUUCCCCUUCCUGGCCUGCUUCCCCUCCCUGUUACACCUUGUGUGAUGAUGUUGCUUUAUUAACGGUGCCCGAAGAAAUCAAGUUUCUGAAGGGCAUUUUGGAGUAGGCAAGAUUUGGUUUUCUUGCACUCUUGCCCAGCUACUUAGCUUUUCUCUUCUCUGGUUUGCAAAUUCCUGAGACACACCAAUGCCAGCUGCCAAGGCAGUGUGUUGCCACUGAAAUGCCACUCCUGGCAAGCAAAGUUUGGUCAUUUCAUUCUCCAUUAGAUCUGACUGGAGAAACUAAGUAUUUAUUCAUGUCGAAAAUGUAAGCUUUUUGAAGAAACUUUCUCUUAAAGUAGAUUGGAUUUUUUUUUUCUUGGCUGUGUUUUCAAACAGAGUGGCUUUGGGAAGCUUUGAAACCGAAUAAGCAAGUGCCCACUAGGCAAGGAGGCUGAUGAGUUACCAUUGGGCAGAAGGCAAUUAAAGCUCAAAACAGCUCUUGGAAAGCUAAAUUACAACUGAAUGCAGAAAACCAAACAUUGAAUACCAAAAGGGACCUGUAAAAAUAUUUGUGAAAAAAUUCAAAAUAUGAACAAUUUUGAGGAAAAAAAAAAUCUCACAAAGGUGUUAAUGCUUUAGAAAACUGGUAAUUGAUUAAAACAUCUUUGAACACAAACUUUCCUCCUCCUCUGUAGUUAUGAGUGUGUUAGGGAAGCUCUUUCGUGUGAAUACUGAUACCUGGAGUGACCUGGGUGAAGGGCACGGAGGUUUCUAGCUGGUGUCCACCAUCCAGCCCUGUGGCAUGGGAAGCAGUACGAGAGCUGCUGUGACAAGGUGCAGCCUGGUGUGACCCCUGAGCAUGCACAGGGUGUGCUCUCUUGCAGGAGGAGUUUGGAAGGAGGUAUAGCAGUGAGAUUUAAAGCAAUGGAAGGCAUUUUGCUGCUUCAUGGCCUCUCACAUCUUCUUUCUGCGGCUGGCAUGGAGGCAGUUCUGCCUCGAUGAAGUGUUCUCGGAAGGUGUUGGUUGGUUUACAAGCUGUAUUUGAGCUGAGUGCUGGUCUGUGCGUGGCGAUGGUGGAAGAAAGACAGGUUUAUUUUUCCUUACAGCAGAGAAGUGUUAACCCUGGAUCUUUAGGCCAGGUCUGGGAUUUUCCACUCGCUAUAGCACAGGCUCCCUGAGGCCUGUGUGAGUAUGAACUGUGUUAAAAACUGUGGGUGUAAGUGCCUGAAGCAGCAGGUGAAUGCAUAACCUUAAUCUCAAGCUGGAUCCCUAAAGGACCAUUUGUCCAAGCACCAGUUGUCUCAUCUUUGCAGGGCUGACUCAAAAGACAUCCAGAUCCAGAUUUGUGACAGUUCGUGUCUCCUUCCCUCCUGAGCCAAAGCACACUCCCGUCUAGUCUGAAUUUCUGCAUUUUGGGGAGGCUUUGAAAUGUCCUUCUAAGCAGAGAUUCAAGCUUUCUGACUAGUGUCUGGUUUUCUAGUUUGAGCAGUAGUUAGAGGUCUGUCAGCUGUGGUCCCCACAUUAAGGGGCUUGACCCAGUCUCUCUGGCCUGCCCGGGCGUGGUGUUUAAGCAUGUGCUUUACUUCAAGCAUGUGACUGCUCCCAUUCACUUCGGUAGACUAUUCAUAUGCUUAAAGUUAAGAAUGUGCUUUGCUGGGCGAUGUUCAGCUUCCCGCAGAGUCCAGCCUCGUCCUUGUUUCCCUACCCUGUCCUUGUGGCUGAUGUGACGCCCUUGCCCUAGCCCGACGUGUCAGCGGGUGCUCGGACUCCCUCUCUCCGACAGGAGCGGUUCUUGUACUCCAGCUUUCCUACAGGGGCUGUCCCGGGAUGGCAGGGAGUUAGCUACAAGGGCUUCUGCUGCCCGUUCCUGCACUGUGUAGGUGAGGGGGCUACGUGGCAGGAGUCCGUGUGCUCUGUAUCUUCUGGACUGUGUAGGACACCUUCUUCAAGCUAAAGCUGUUUGCGUGUUGAAAUUCCUGACUCAUGCUGGCCGCCUGUAUAUAUCAUCUCAGCCUUCUCCUUCUCUGCAAACACACAACUGAUCUUCCCUGAUCUGAAGAGAAUAGUACUUCGAGUUAUAUUUCUAGUUGGGCUUUCUUUUUCUUUCUAUGCUACCCCAGGGACAGUCACAAGUGGAUCACAAGCCACCAGUGACCAAGAGCAAUUUCUUUGAAUUACUGCUUUUGAAAAAAUGUCAUUACUUUUGAAAAUGUUAUGCCAGCUACAGUAACAAAUGAAAGGAAAAAGAAAACCAAAAAACCCUCAGAGUCCUCUAAGCAGAGGAUCCUGUCCUCCCAGGAGAGACCUGCGAGAGUGCAGGUAUUCUGCUUUCCUGCAGACGCGAGCCAUGUGGGAGCACUUUUACCUGUGGCACGUUCGCUGUGUGGUUCAUCAGGUGAUGAAUAAAACAGCACCGGCAAGGGAGAGGAUUGAUAUGCAGGGGAUAUCUCAGAUUCCCAAGUGUUCCUGGAAGCCUGUCUCCCCAUGGCUGUCCAUUUACCCACCAUGCAGCACCUCCGAACCAGGCUCAUCCCUGGAGCCCCACUGAUAAGCAGAGCUCAGAAGAAAAUCACUGUAAUCUGUCCUUAAUUCUUGAGUGCCAAGCCAACUGCCAGGAGUGAAAUGGAGAGGAAAUAAUAUGUUACCAAGUAUAGCUUAAAUAAAAACAUGCAUUAUUCAGGCUCUUUCUUCUUUGUGUCUCUACAUAGGCGCAGAAGGGCUAUAGGGGAGCUCAGGCACAUUCCCACAAAGCAGCCCCGUGUAUCAACACUGCAUUUCCUUGCUCCCAGGUUUUGCAUGGCUUCCAUGGCCCAAUCCUGUUGUGCUCAUCCAGUCAGCAAGGGAAGACUCAAGGUGAAAAGCUGAGACAGUGCUGAAGGAUUGCCAGGCACCACGGACAGACAAGGAGCAAAAAGUGUGCAUGAGGCACGUAAAGGUUAGUGAUGAGUGAAUAUCCAAGGUCAGGGGCUAAGUUUCAAAGUAACCUGAUUUUGUUGCUGACUUCAGGCUCUCCAUAAGAUCUUGAUUCUGCCAGUCUGAGCUGGAAAGCUCAUAAAAACAGGGCUUAACUCCACACUUAGAGCCCCCCAUUUCCAGUAACAGCCAGGAAUAUAAUGCAUCUGAUUCAUAUUCUGUAGAAGCCCAUAGAAAGCUUCACCUUGGCUCCAGUGAGUUUUGGAUCAGGUGCCUCAACAAAUACCUUAGUGCUGUCCUGGUUAGCACUGAAAAUGAAAUGCGUGCUCACACACAUGGACAUCUAACGUUUAGCUUUAGGAAGAAACCAGUUUGUUUUGUUUUGUGAUUUAUGGUCUCCAUCCUGUCUGCCUCACUGUCUCCCAGAAUCACUAAUACCCCAAUCCUACAGCUUUCUUCAGAGCCAUAGCUAGAGAUUGUAAUGCUUUUUAGGACAAAGAACCUACUGCUGGUGCCAGUGGGCUCUGACAAGCUUCCUGUUGACAUCAGUGGGAGAACUGGAGCCUGAUACAAUGCUGUCAAUUUAACUGCAGUGUGCCUUGCACAUAUUUAGGAUAUAACCUGGAGAAAGAGACUGGACGACUGCCUCAGUAUAGGCCCCAAGAGGGAAAUGAAAUGCUGGUCCCCUUAAGUAAAGCACUCCAGAAUCACAGAUCAAUUGUCCUUCCUUGCUCAGGGAAGACUGGCAGUGAAAAUAACUGAGACUCAGAUAGGUUAUCUCCAGAGGAAGGUAGGGAGGGAAAAAAAAGGAAACCAGUUGCUGUAAGUCAGACCUGAUGGGCAUUGGCUGAGUUACACAAGGACGAUCCGAUGUCACCCACAGCAUCAACAGCCUGAAUUGCCAGUCCCUGCCCUGCCAGGGCAGGGACUUGUGUAUUUUUCUUUUACUGAUUAACACUCCUGCAGUGGCAGAAAACAACUUCAAAAGUUUUCUAGUGUAGGGUGUAUAUACAAAGACACCUUCACUCCCCUCUUCCUUAGGCACACACACACAUACAUACCCCGCAUGAUGUGGGUGCUAGUAACCUGUAAAUACGUGUACUAUAUGGAGAGGAAAUACAUUGCAAAAUGCAGCAUAAUACUUUGUUUUCUAUUCUUUUGUACUUAACUCAGGAGUUGCAAUGCAAUUCAGGUGUUAGGUUGUGUGUGCAGAUCACACAGAAGCUAUCUGCUAAAGAGAAGUGGGGAGGCACCAUCCAGCUGGGAUGAACUGGAUAUUCACCACUAGCCUGUGUUUGGAUAUUUAGGAAAGAGUUGCCAAUGUUGUUCUGAUCCCAGAGGUGCAGGGAAAGGAAGCAGCUGAGACACGCAUAUGUCUUUCUUUCUGCCUGCUUUGCCUUUGGACAGAUACAUCCAGCAAAAGGAGGGGCAGGGAACAACAGCUCAGGGCAGUAACAUCCUGAAACAUCGCAGCAAGACUCUCCAGAGCUGACCAUCAGUGCUCUUAAAUAUGGGGUUUCUACAGACCUACUUCUGUAUCCAGCCAGUCCUGAGCUAGCAAUUCUACCUCCGAAAAUGCAGUUGUGCCCACAAGUCCUUACUACCUUCUAGUGCCACAGACCUUGGCAGUAAACACUGCUGGUGUGGUACAAGUGGGAUUUGCUUUCUGAACUGUAAGGCUACAGGAAAAUAAAAUCAAAAUCCCACCAGGAGAGCCUUGGUAUUUGCAAGAUUGGCUCUUGCAACCCACUGUUGCAAGAUGUUUCUCUAAAACAGAUGGUCAGUGUUCACAUUAGUCACAAGAGAAAAAAGUGCACCAUAUCACCUCCAACUCAGAAAAGUUUGCAGUCCCCUAAGGUAGAAAUCCUGCUGUACUGAGAGGCAGCGCCGUGCCGCCUGAGUCUUACUUCUGUCCUCUGCAGAGGGCUCGUGCAGGCUGCUGGCAGCACCACGACCGCAGGUAAUGCUGCCCAGUGCAGCAGGGAGCUUCACAUCCCCGUGGCUCCGUGCCCUACCUGCGGCAAUGGAGCACAGGAAUAGCGCUGCAAAGGCAAUUCCUUUCAAGUGGCCUUGUUGUUUUGCCAGCUGGUCGGAAAUUCCCAAGCAGCAACAGCAAUUCUGGAAGAGUCACGUCUUCAAAAAGCUGUGUGGCAUGCAGCUUUCACUCCAGUUUCAAACCGAUGUAGACACCAAGGAGCAUCAAUCAGACUGGGGUCAGUCUCCUGGGGUCUGGCGCACAAAAGAGCCACAGCCUCCAAUUCCUGUUCAGGCAGUGAUUAGGAGUAAAACACUAAAUGCUCCUGGUGCUGAUACAAUUAAAAAGACAAAACAAAACAACAACAACAACAACAAAAAAACACCCAACACACAAGCUCCUGAUUUGCUUAAGCUCUUGCAAUAUUUUAUCUCAAGAAUAGUCUUCAUCCGUCUGAAGCAUAACGCCACAGUUUUUUGUGAAGGAUUUUUCAUUAACGAUAUAGAUCAUAAGAAAAAAGUUCAAGUAGUCAUAACAACAAAAUAAAAGUGCAGCCUUAGACUAUUCGGUAAGAGGGUACUGAAUUAUUUAUAACUCCUGGGCACCGACAACAAUCACAGACAUCUAAUUUAAACUGUUACUAUUUUUACUUGGCAAUUUCCAUCACUUAACGUGUUUAUAUUCAUGUAUUUGUAGUUUGAUCUUGUGCAGGACAAAACUUCCCCGACUUACGUAAAAAUGCCUAUUUGGGGACUUUUGAAGAUAUUUUUCUGCAGUAACUUAAAUUAUUUUAAAGCAUUUUGUGACCUUGUAUGGCAGAGGUUACAACUUCGAAAGCUGUAAACUGUCCCUAAAAUGGGCUUGAACUUGCAGUUCCUUCUCAAGUAAAAUCCCCUUUGAUUACAGGUAAUUGGAAUCAAUGAGAAGUUUGUUUCAUUCAAACUGUAAGACUGGGUCCUACCUAUGUGUAGAUGUGGUGGGAGACUUAGGCUAGGGGGGCUAUAUUUGUAUGUCAGCCCGCUGCAGGAUCUUUUGCAUAGACGCAGGAACAGUCACUACUAAGUCACUCCUACUUUAUACCAAUCUCUUUUUGUAAAAAUAAAAAAAACAAACACAACCAUUAUACUCAUGUGUGGCUGGAAUAAUGCAGUGGUAAUUGUAGCCCAUAGGCUGAUGCAGAUAUACAUGUAUAUAUGUAUAUAUAUGUAUACAUCUUUGUAAAUUUAUGAAAAAUGUCCAUAGAUUCAUGACUGCCUGAAGGAACCUGAAGUCAAUGUACAGAAUUUCAGGCAGAGGACUGUUUCUUUUUCACAAUCCUCAUGUAUCUCAGAUUCAAAUCAAAACAAAGGAAAAAGUAUUAUUUCCCAGGAAAACCCUGAUUCUGCCAUUGCACCAGUCUAGGAGGGGCAUCUCGCUAGUCAGUGGUAUGCACACCCAUACACAUAUAUCCAGUCGCAGGACUGGGUCUCAAGGGCUUCUCUAAGGAAGAGAAAUGGACUUUAAAAGCCAUGGCAGAAUUUCUGUUCCACAUCAGCUCUCUAAGACUCAGUUAUCCUCUACCAAGAAGUCCUUUGUACAGAUGCUCUUCUUCUGCACAUAGGUGUAUGUCUGUGAGGAGGAUCUCCGUGGAUGAAGUCAAAUUACACAAAGGCCUGGAUUUUCUGACCUGAAUCCAUCCCCAUUAACCUUAGGCACUUAAUUGAGCUGUUGGUGUUGAUGGUCUUGUCUGCCUUGGUUUCUUGUAUAGUUAAUGAAGGGAGACAGUUGCCUCUAGGUGGUAACUGAGAACUGAGAUCUGACCCAGUUUUGGAGUUCCUUCUCCCCCCAUGGAGUGACCACUCCCCUAUUUUAAAAGAUCUUAAAUCCCAGUGGGAUGACCCAAGGACCUUGUGCAGAAGAACAUCCAUAAGGAGAUCAGUUGUGGUGCUCACCAUGCACCAUGCAGCAAAAGGAGAUGUUCACAGCAGCCUUCUCCACCCCAAACUGUAACAUGGCUGCAAAGGAUAGGGCUUGCUCCAGUCUUUGGAAACUGCAUUUGUAGCGGGUUCCUUAUGGUGGCCUCCAGUUGUAGACCACUGCAUAGUCCCAAUGUUGGAGGUCAGAGACCUUUGGUCUGAACUCUUCACCAUUCCCUGCCAGUUUGGGCAUUACUGAACCAGUGCAAUGAGUGAAUUUACAUCCUAAAAGUUUGAAAAUCUAAGCUGCUCAGAGAUUACUUUCUUGCUCCAUCUCCAAACUAGCCUGGAAAAUGUCAUCUAGUUGGUAGUGAGCAUCAAAAAAAAAUCCCCUCCAAGGUACAGUUUGGGUAUUUUAUUUUUUUCAAUGUUAACAACUGCUUUACAAACAGCUUACAUGGAGCUUAAAGAGAUUGCAAUUUCAUCCCUUAUUGUUGGGAUUAUAGUUGUCCUCAAAAAAACUGAACCAGGGACUCAACAAGAGAAUGAACUGUGACUGUAUUAUUCAGAAAGCUGCUCUGACAAGGCUGAACAUGCGUCUCCAUCUCAUGGUGGGAGUCUCUCAGAGCUGAAAUCUGGAAUCACGUAUUGACACCAAGUUGGAAAGACCAGCAAGUUAAUCCAGUAUAAGAACUUUGUGGUGCUUGCAUAUUCCCAUAUUUUACCUGAAUAGAAUAAACACAGUCAGGGGAAUGGAGAAAUUAAACCCAUUUCUGAGAACUCCAGGGCUGAGUGAACUUUGGCUGUGGUGGCAACAGAUGGUCACUACUAUUUAUUUCCACAGCUAAAGUGAAGUCAGGAACUUGACAAUGCUCACCCAUCUCUCAGAAUGAAUUUAUUUUUUGAAAUACUGUUAGGGUUAUGGUGAGAAGAACUUCAGAUGGCCUGCAGGGACCUACAAAGUAAAUAUUCAAUAUUGUGUACCAAUACUUAGGGAGAGACUUCAGCAAGAAAGUGGGAGAUAAAACUGAGUUCCAGGGAUCAAAAGAUAUUUUUCAGCACAGUACCUCCUUGUCUAAUCUGUACUGUUUCAUCCUGACGUUCCUCUCCUGUUCUCCCUUUCCCUCUUUUGAGGAGUCAGAUGUGUAUAUCUCUCUUUCUCCCUUUUCCUCUCUGUGUGAGAAUAUAGAGAUGCUUCCUGUAAAGACGUUUAUCUCUAAAUCCCAUUCCGUACCGACUCUUGCAUAUGUGACUGUUUUGUUAUUUGAGAUGUCUGUGAAAAAGAAAUAAAGGCUUUAAGAGUGAACUCUGGAAAUGAGGAGAAGCUUGAGAAUAAAUCAAAUUUAAGGAUUCAGCACCAUUUUCUUCAUGACUUUUGAGAACGGUCACAAAAUUUCAUUGUCUUCCUCUCCCUCUCUCUCUGUGAGAGGGAUGGGGAUGGUCCUGGGAUGUGGGACUCAGAGGUUGCUGUAGAGUUCACUGGGUCCCAUGAGGGUUUUGCAGACUUUAUGGAGGGUUAAUGUCAAAGAAAACCUCCUUUUCAAAGGCAGUGACGGCCCUGUGCAACAUCAGUUGGGAGGGAGGCUCUGUGGGGUGAUUCUGUCCCAGUUUACCUUUCUUUGCUGUUCUUUACCAUAGCCCUGUGCAUCCAGCCAUGUGCACCACCCCCAGUGCUGCAUUCUCCACACUGCAUUUGGAUUACAUUCUUGGAGAAUGCUCUACCUUCUCUUUAAAAAAAAAAUUAAAAAACUUCACCUCUGAAUGAAAGCCAUAAUCGGUCCUGUGACCCUGCAGCAGGGGGUGAGCACACGGCCUCCAGUGGGAUGGCCGCAAGGCCUUGGCACUGGGGUGAUCCCAGCGGUGGGCAGGAGAGUGGGCCCAGCACACGUGGCCGUCUCACACCGGGGCAGUAAAGCAUCCCACCCUGUUUCAUGAACCAUUUGGCCACUUCAGCUCUGUGGGGCCGACUCCUCGCUGUCUCACACCUGUGCCACCACACGGUCCUACAGCCAUGGAGAAGCACAGCUGUGUGAAGGCCCGGACUUUCUGCACAGGCCUCAGAUCAGACUCCAUCCGCAGCUGGUGCAUCUCACAUUUAGAGUUUCUUCUGCCACAGUACACAACCUACCAACUGACCAAACAUUUUUGGAGGGUUCCCCUUCUGUGACUCCCUUGUCAGACCUCUGUUCCUUAAGGAAAAACAUCUUUCUGCUGAGAGGCACUGAAACAAGUCCCAGAACCUCUCCUUCCUUCAGUGAUGACAAAAGUUGCAGUCACCACUUUCUCUAACUGACAGUCUGGGAGACUUAGCAUAAUAAUUCACUUAAAUGCCUGCAAACUGAAUCAUGUCAGCACUUCUCUAGGGCAUUCCCAAGUGAAAUGAUAUGACUGGUACAAGACAUUUGUCAUGUGAAUGCAUCUUGGCCAGAUGUUUAUGUUUCCUCUAAGUGCAAUACAUACGUAUCAAAGCUGGAUUAGAAAAGACCUAGAAUGCCACACAACUCAGGCUUAUUCAGAGAAAUGCACUGAUAGGUUGCAUUUUCCUGGCAUAUUUUCUCUUCAGAAAAUUUUACAAAUACAAGUCACACCAGGCCUCUCAGAGGCAGGUAGGUGUUACAGCCAUUUUAGAGGUAGGGAACCAAAAGCCGGGGAAAAGACCUGAUGUUUAGCGGUUUUUUGCACCCUCACAACUUCCAUUAGCUGCAGGUGGGCCUUCUGUUUUCAGCACUUUUGACAAUCCAGACUGUAGCUGGUUUAUCCAAAUCUGCAGUGGCUGUAAAUGUGGAAGCUAGGAUUAGGACGCUCGGGAGAUCCCGACUUCAUCAGAGCACUGCUACAAAGCUUUGAUCCCACAAAGCAUGUAAGCACUUGCCUAAUUUCAAGCAUGAAUGUCCCAUUAAUGAUACUAUCACCAUGCUUAAAGCUAGGCACAUGCCUAAUUGCUUUGCUAGACUGGGAAUUACAUUAAAAUGUACUAAACUUUAGAGUCUUUGGAAAUUCCCAAAAUGUGUUCAUUUCUGAUAAUGUUUCAGGCAUUGUCAAGGACAUUUGAACUGUAUAUGCAGUGCAAUCUGUCUGAAGUAGCUCAACCAAGAGGACCACCUUUAGCCAACAAGCAAAGAGUUUAAUGUGUUUGGGACAGUAGCAUCCAGCUGUCGGAAGUAAUCGAGGGUGGCAUGUACUGCAGGAGUCUCCCUUCUGCACUGCUGCAAGAGGCAAUGUGGCUCCUGUGGCCAUUGGUGCUAACAAAAACUUAACAGCAAAUGAUUACUGCAUUAGGCUGUUCUGGUAAAAUGCGAUUGUGUUGGCUAAUUUCACAAGGAAUGCUACAUCUUAUCAAAUGUAUUGUACUCUCCAUUUCUUCCUGUAAAUUAUUGCAGAAGAGAUGAACAGAAGUUGUUUAAACAUGACACAAACCCAAAAUUCUUGCUCCGUUAAUCCAAGGUGCUAAUCUGCAGACACGCGGGCAUUUGCAUAUGUGCAUUGGUGUUUGCAGGACCGUGGCCCUGAAGGAUAACUAAUUUUAUAGCAGGGUUGAGGUCAGGGAACUAACACGGGGAAUUGACAAAGCCUGUGACUUUGAAAUGGCAAAAGUUGCAGAAAGCGUCACAGGACUUUGCCAAAAAACUGGCUGCAUCUUACGAUUUUCCUUUUGUUUUGAUUUUGUUUGGUUGGUUUCGUUUUUUAUCCAAAUUGGCAAAGAAUACUGUAUUUCCAUCGAUAAAAUCUCGUCUGGUAACUAACUAAACAACCUGUUCAUGGAAAAUUAAAAAAAAAUAAAUAAGUAAACUGUCAAUUGUGGAAUGUAAACUGACUAAAUAAAUAAAAAAAUCAUGUUGUGUGUUUUAA